UUUUCAAACACGGAACAUGAUCGGACAGAGCAUGUUACCAGUUACCAUUUACUGAUGCUAUGAUCGAAGUGGUCCAUUCAGCUCUAUUUGGUUAGGUUAUGUGGUUGUUUUACAUAUCGUUAUAUUUAAUUAUCUUAAAUUGAUUUAUUUAAUUUUGUUAUUAUAAAUCCCUUUCGUUUUUAUAUUUGAGAAGGAAUUAUUUAACUCUUUUUAAUAUGAACAAUUCGGCGGCAAAGGUGGGAGAAAUUUUUAGGGAGGCAGGAACUGCCUUCAAUAAACUGUCUGAGAUGACAAUGCUCCUACAUCCUAUGGGAGACACACAACCAGGAGGUAAAUGGACAGAUGAAGAAAUUGAAAUGCUCCGUAACUGUGUACAUCGCUUUGCAGUUGAUCUUAAUAAACUCAGUCAGCACAUAAAAGCCAGGACGGUUUCCCAAAUACGAACUACACUAAAGAAAAAGGCUUUUGAGGACGCAGGUAUACCAGUAAGGCAGGUAAGCAGUACGGUGACCAGCACGACACAGCAGACACCUCAGGUAGUCCCACCACUGAGCAUCAUCAGCCAACCGAGCGUGUUAGGAAAAAACGCCGAGGUUACGUUGAACAUGUUGAACGCUUCAGAGAAUGAAGUGGAUGUUGAAGGUCUGACCGGGGAUGUGAAAUUGGAGUUUGAAGCGAGUAAUGAGGAAGUGGCUGCCUGAAACUUGUUUAACCUUUCGUACUAAAUGGGCAACAUUCCUAUUGUACACUGAAGCGUACUAUACAACACAAAUGUGACUACAUACAAAUUUCUUAAGCGGCUUGCAAGUAAUAAUAUGUAAUAUAUUAUGAAAAGUAUAUACAUAUUAUAAAUUAAUAUUUUUAUUAAAACGAAGUAUGUGACAACCUAUUUUGAAUAUGAAAAUUUAGGUGAUUUGCAAUGUUUUAAAAAAAUAGUUACUUGCAAACGCUUAUAUCAAAUUGUUUAGGUAAAUAUGCAGUUUUACGCCUCAGUGAUUAAUAGGCUUUAAGCUUGUUUCAAAUGGCUUGUGGACCUAAUAAGAAAUUUAUAUCCAGUUAACAAAAUUAUUGAGUUUAACUUCAGUUAUAUGGUUAGAAAUUUAAGUUCAAAAUUAAAAACAAGAUGGUGUUUCAAAUACUUAUGUCCGAAAUAUAAUAAUAACUACAA